GGGAAAGGGCGCCCGGAAGGGGCCCGGCCUCCGCGCCCUCCCGCCCCGCCGCCUGCAGUCUCCGCCGCCAGCCGUGCCCGCCAUGCCCGCCUCCGGCUCCGAGCUCCUGUGCCCGCCGUCGCCGUCCCCCGCGCAGAAGCGAGGCGCCGAGCCGCGGCCGCCCCACGGGGAGCUGCAGUACCUGGGGCAGGUCGAGCACAUCCUCCGCUGCGGCUCCAGGAAGGACGACCGCACGGGCACCGGCACCCUGUCGGUGUUCGGCAUGCAGGCGCGCUACAGCCUGAGAGAUGAAUUUCCUCUGCUGACAACCAAACGUGUGUUCUGGAAGGGUGUUCUGGAGGAGUUGCUGUGGUUUAUCAAGGGAUCCACAAACGCUAAAGAACUGUCUUCCAAGGGAGUCAAAAUCUGGGACGCCAAUGGAUCCCGAGACUUUCUGGAUGGCCUGGGAUUCUCCACCAGAGGAGAAGGGGACUUGGGCCCAGUUUAUGGCUUCCAGUGGAGGCAUUUUGGGGCAGAAUACAAAGAUAUGGAUUCAGAUUAUUCGGGUCAAGGAGUUGACCAACUGCAAAAAGUGAUUGAUACCAUCAAAACCAACCCUGACGACAGAAGAAUCAUCAUGUGUGCUUGGAAUCCAAAAGAUCUUCCUCUGAUGGCGCUGCCUCCGUGUCACGCCCUCUGCCAGUUCUAUGUGGUGAACGGUGAGCUGUCCUGCCAGCUGUACCAGCGGUCGGGAGACAUGGGCCUGGGCGUGCCGUUCAACAUCGCCAGCUACGCCCUGCUCACGUACAUGAUCGCGCACCUCACCGGUCUAAAGCCAGGUGACUUUGUUCAUACUUUGGGAGAUGCACAUGUUUACCUGAAUCACAUUGAGCCGCUGAAGAUUCAGCUUCAGCGAGAACCGAGACCUUUCCCGAAGCUCAAAAUCCUUCGAAAAGUUGAGACAAUCGAUGAUUUCAAAGCUGAAGACUUUAAGAUUGAAGGUUAUAAUCCGCAUCCAACUAUUAAAAUGGAAAUGGCUGUUUAGAGUGCUUUCAAAGGAGUUUGAAGAGUAUUAUUAGUCUUUAGAGUUUGCACUGGAUGCCCAGGUGAAAGUUCUUUCUGCUCUAAAGGAACUCGAUCAAAAUCUUUCAGUUAUUAACUUUCUAAGGGUAUUAACUUCUAAGGACGUUGCUAUUCGCAAAUAUAAAUGAGCGAUUUCUUUCAGUAAUAAAAAGCCGUGGGUU